AUGAACGCGCCAAUGAUCUACUCCGAGUCUCUUGGCACGGAGUCCCUGCGUCUCGCGACUAUCACCAUCAACUCUGAUGAGAUACCCUCCCUCACUCUCAAGACAUUCGAGCUCUCUAGCCCUACUAGGCCAGAAUUCUAUGCGCUGUCCUACACAUGGAACCCUCCUUACAAGGGCGAUCCCUCCCGAUACACAGAGGAAGACAUGCGUGACAUUCUCCUCAACGGGUCCAAAUUCUCUGUGAUGCCUAAUCUCUACGAUGCCUUCUUCCAGAUUCACCGGUCAUGUCCAGAUAUGCCAUUCUGGAUCGACGCUCUCUGCAUCAACCAGAGCGAUCUGCAAGAGCGCAAACUCCAAGUCGGCAUCAUGGACCAGAUCUUCGGAGGUGCAAGUCGAGUUAUCGUGUGGCUAGGCAAACCCACCCCCAAGACUGAGCUUGGCCUGAAAACUGUAGAGCGCCUCGCGUCUGUCAGCUUCACAGUCAGUAAGCGAAUCGUCAGGGAACAAAAGUACCAUUACACUCAUUCUCUUGAGGAAAUGAAAGAUGUGUACGGACUCGAUCCAUUGACCUUUGAUGAAGCCGAUGCCCUGAUAGAUCUUUUCGAAAGCCGCUGGUUUGCGAGACAGUGGGUGGUCCAGGAAGUCGCCCUCGCAAAAGAAAUCGACGUUGUGUGCAACGACAUGGCCGUCCCUUUUGACAAGAUCGGAGUAACAGCCCUGUUUCUGCAUCUCACUGGCCUGCUGGUAGCAAUGAGUGCCACGCUAGUUUCAGGUGGGAAGAAUUCAGAACUGUUGGAUAAGACGCAUCUUUUCCAGGCCGAGAGGACUCUAGUAGUCCGCGAGUGGUGCAAGGGAGACCGCAGUGAGAUAGCAGACAUAUUACCUCUUAUUGACUUCACCGCUGGAGUUGUAGAGGGCGUUCCAGCCCCUGGCCAGACGAAGGAGAGUAUGGUUGGCAUUGUGCUUCUGAAACUGCUGCUGUGGAUCGUGGGCUACGAUGCUACCGACCGUCGCGAUACUAUAUAUGGACUGGGCGGCAUUCUCAGCCACGUUGCUAGAAUUCAGGGUCUCGAUAGUAUCCCGCAGAGACUACAGCCAAACUAUCUGCUCGACACAGCUACUGUACUCCACAAUGCAGCGAUAGAGAUCAUACUGUCAACUGGGAGCUUGGCCCUUCUGGGUGUUGUCAAAGACGAAUCUCUGCGAGAGACACCAGGUUUACCAUCUUGGGUUCCCGAUUAUACCCCGUCAUUACUGCUGAAUCCCAUUGCUGGACCAAACUUCAAGUCCCUCGGCAAGUUUGAUGCGUCACAAUCCUUGGAUGCGUCCAAAUACAAGGUGGAUUUCCAUAUCGAUGGCAACAUUUUACAUGCUCGCGGCUUUCCCCUAGGUCGCAUUAAAGCUACAGGCGAGUCUCUCCAAGAAGUGGUCGCCGGAGAACUGAACGGGUUCGCUGCUAUGUUAAUCGACGUGGAUGACACGUACCGAUUCACCAAUCAGCCUUUCGAGGAGGCUUUCUGGCGAACCUUGAUCUUUGACCAGGACUUAUCCGAUCGGCCAGCCAAGAUUCCCACGACCGAGCACUUUCAGCAUAUGGUAAUGAUCUUGACUAUUGGACAGAUGAAUAAGGCUUUCUCAUCCGGAGGCGUAGAUGCUAUCGAAGCUUUCCUCAAGACCGUAGGAGCCAUGGACGAGUUGCACGCGAAGCAUCCGAAACAGAGUCCCUUCUACAGUAGCGCCUACUUCACAUCGUGCGCCAGAAAGCUUGGCUACCUUCCCGAGGAAGGAGACGACAAACCUAUGGCAUACGACGAGCUGAUUGCUUGGGUGGGUAUGAUGCAGAAGAACGCGCUGUACCUAAUGGCAUUGAUGAGCACGACCCUUUCAACCCGACGACCAGCGGUAACCGAUCAAGGGUAUUUCGCCUGUGUUUUUCAGGCUUCGCUAGUCGGUGACGAGAUCUGGGUCGUUUCUGGAUGUCCAACGCCACUAGUUCUGCGAAAGGAUGGUCAGCGGUAUAGUUUGGUGGGCGAGGCGUAUGUUCAUGGUGUUAUGCAUGGGGAGGCUGUGAAUGAGGGUAGUAAAUGGGAGGAUCUAGAGAUUGUGUGA